CCAGCCCAGCCCAGCCCAGCCCAGCCCAGCCCAGCCCAGCCCAGCCCAGCCCAGCCCAGCCCAGCCCAGCCCAGCCCAGCCCAGCCCAGCCCAGCCCAGCCCAGCCCAGCCCAGCCCAGCCCAGCCCAGCCCAGCCCAGCCCAGCCCAGCCCAGCCCAGCCCAGCCCAGCCCAGCCCAGCCCAGCCCAGCCCAGCCCAGCCCAGCCCAGCCCAGCCCAGCCCAGCCCAGCCCAGCCCAGCCCAGCCCAGCCCAGCCCAGCCCAGCCCAGCCCAGCCCAGCCCAGCCCAGCCCAGCCCAGCCCAGCCCAGCCCAGCCCAGCCCAGCCCAGCCCAGCCCAGCCCAGCCCAGCCCAGCCCAGCCCAGCCCAGCCCAGCCCAGCCCAGCCCAGCCCAGCCCAGCCCAGCCCAGCCCAGCCCAGCCCAGCCCAGCCCAGCCCAGCCCAGCCCAGCCCAGCCCAGCCCAGCCCAGCCCAGCCCAGCCCAGCCCAGCCCAGCCCAGCCCAGCCCAGCCCAGCCCAGCCCAGCCCAGCCCAGCCCAGCCCAGCCCAGCCCAGCCCAGCCCAGCCCAGCCCAGCCCAGCCCAGCCCAGCCCAGCCCAGCCCAGCCCAGCCCAGCCCAGCCCAGCCCAGCCCAGCCCAGCCCAGCCCAGCCCAGCCCAGCCCAGCCCAGCCCAGCCCAGCCCAGCCCAGCCCAGCCCAGCCCAGCCCAGCCCAGCCCAGCCCAGCCCAGCCCAGCCCAGCCCAGCCCAGCCCAGCCCAGCCCAGCCCAGCCCAGCCCAGCCCAGCCCAGCCCAGCCCAGCCCAGCCCAGCCCAGCCCAGCCCAGCCCAGCCCAGCCCAGCCCAGCCCAGCCCAGCCCAGCCCAGCCCAGCCCAGCCCAGCCCAGCCCAGCCCAGCCCAGCCCAGCCCAGCCCAGCCCAGCCCAGCCCAGCCCAGCCCAGCCCAGCCCAGCCCAGCCCAGCCCAGCCCAGCCCAGCCCAGCCCAGCCCAGCCCAGCCCAGCCCAGCCCAGCCCAGCCCAGCCCAGCCCAGCCCAGCCCAGCCCAGCCCAGCCCAGCCCAGCCCGUACUUGUUUUAGCACCUUUGAACCCAGCUGCUGAGGAAGGCAUCGUAGCCAUCGUCAUUUCAGGACUAGAGAUAAUCCGAGUUCCUGCGUCGAGGGAGAUGCUCGUGAUCUGGAGCCGACACCAGGCCCCGGUCCAGGUGGACAAGGACACGGCCUCCUGCACCCUCAGGAGCAAAGCUGACGGGUGA